ACACAGGCGUUAGUCGCCAUUUUGAAGAGCUCAACCUGCCAUCACCGGGACAAGACCGUUGUUGCGCAGCAGCAUUUCAUAGCAUUUUAAUUGUAUUUUUUGCCUAUAAAAGGAUCAAUGUCUCGAUUCAACAAUAAUCGCGGUGGCCUCGGAAUGAAUAAUUUCCAGCAACGCAGAGGGGGCAUUGGGCCCGGCGGGCCGAUGCGGGGUGGUCUAAUGGGAAACCCCAAUUUCAGGAGCCAUCCUUUCCACAAUCAGAACCAAAUUCGAAGGGGACAGAACAACAACUUCAACAGACCGCUUAAUCAAGGACCACAGACUCCCCAGAAGCCACAACCUAACCAGUCGCUUAUCCCUCCACCAAGUCCUGGUCCGGCUCUCACCAUGAAAGGCCCGAUGCAGCAACAGCAGGAGAAACCGACAACUGUCCCAGAACAGCCGCAGCCGAAACCGACAACCCCUACGCCUCAACCAAAGAUCCAGUCUCCCCCUCCAAAAGCCACCGUGGCCUCCCCCCCACCUAACCAGCCGAUUAAGGAGCAGAACCUUCCGCUGAAAUCCCCGGUAGGAAAUACUAACGGGCAGAAGCCGCCUCCACAACCAAGCCCCAAGUCGGUUCCCCAACAAGGCCCAAAGCCAGGCCCUCACCAAGGCCAGAAGACUGGGCCACACCAGGGAGUGAGGGGAAACCCUUAUCACGGACAGCGAAUGGGGCCAUCACCAAUGAGGCCUAGACAGGAGCCAGAUAAGAUCACCACAAAGAAUGAAACACCGGCGUCAGAUGGGAGCCAGGAUAAGCAGGCGUUCAAGGCGACGCUCUCCAUGCUUCUGAAACCCGGCGAGAAGACUUACACCCAGCGGUGUCGUCUGUUCAUCGGAAACCUGCCCAACGACAUCACCGAGGAGGAUUUCAAGAAGCUUUUCGCCAAAUAUGGAGAACCCAGCGAGGUCUUCAUCAACAAGAGCAAAGGCUUUGGUUUCAUCCGACUGGAGUCCCGUGCACUUGCAGAGAUUGCAAAAGCAGAGUUGGACGACACACCAAUGAAAAGCCGACCCCUGCGGGUCCGGUUUGCCACGCACUCCGCUGCGCUGUCUGUGAAGAAUCUGUCACCCUUUGUGUCCAACGAGCUCCUGGAAGAAGCGUUUGCUCAGUUCGGAAUGGUCGAGAGAUCCAUCGUCAUCGUAGACGAUCGUGGCCGCUCCACGGGCAGAGGCAUCGUGGAGUUUGCAUCCAAACCUGCAGCCAGAAAAGCCCUGGAUCGGUGCAACGAGGGUGUCUUCCUGCUCACCACGUCACCCCGACCAGUUGUUGUCGAGCCCCUGGAGCAGUUUGAUGACGAAGAUGGACUUCCAGAAAAGCUCGCACAGAAGAACCCCAGAUAUCAAGCAGAGCGCGAGGAACCGCCUCGCUUUGCUCGUCCUGGCACUUUCGAAUACGAGUACUCCAAGCGCUGGAAGUCCCUGGAUGACAUGGAAAAGCAGCAGAGACAGCAAGUGGAGAAGAACAUGCGCGAAGCCCGCGAGAAGCUGGAGAGCGAGAUGGAGGACGCGUUCCACGAGCACCAGGCCAACCUACUCCGACAAGAUCUGCUGAGGAGACAAGAGGAACUGCGACGCAUGGAGGAGGUGCACAGUCAGGAGAUGCAGAAGAGAAAGGAGAUGCAGAUUAGACAAGAGGAAGAGCGCCGGCGACGAGAAGAGGAGAUGAUUCGCAAGAGGGACAUGGAGGAGCAGAUGCGCCGCCAGCGUGAAGAGAACUACAGGAUGGGAAACUACAUGGAUAGGGACCGAGAGAUGAGAAUGAAUCCCGGUGGCGCUUUGGGCAUCGAUAUGCCCUUUGGUGGAGCCAACCAGAAGUUCCCCAUGGGCGGACUGGGUUUUGAGGGUCAGAAGGGAAUGGGACCAGCCGCAGGAGGCCUUAUGGGCAACGAAAUGCGCAACGAGCGCUUUGCCCAGGGCGGUCCUAGGGGGAUGGGUCCUGGUAACCCCGGGUUCGGCAGGGUCCGCGAGGAGUUUGAUGGACCUGCUAAGAAACCGCGCUUUUAAAAUUGCUGCCCUUUUUGAUGCUCCCAGCAGCACUAUUUUGUAUAAAUUCUCCACAACAAACCUGUUGAGACUCAUUUCUUGUAUUUAAGUUUAAAUUGUUAUUUGCUGCAUUUUAGCCUGACAAUUUACUCAUUUUAUGAAUAUUUCCCUUUUUUUAUUUUGUAUUGUCAGUAGUUUGGAAAGAUGGGACACCCUCGUGUGAUCUUUAGUGGUUUCUGAUCCAUGUAUAAUUUUCUUUUCUAGAUGUAUUAUGCUCUGUGAGUCGCCGUGAACUGAUAACUGUAACAAUUCUCUCUACCUUCUAUGGCUGUGUUUUGUGCCAUACGUCUGGAGUAAGCAUGUAUUAUAAUAAAGAGACAUUGGUUGUAUCAGGGCAAACGUUAGCCUUCAUUCCAAAGAUUGAGACGUGCAGUAAAGGCAACAAAAUACCAACGUUUGGCUAUUUGAAAGAAAUGCGGACACAGUAGUUCUUAAAGGGUCUAUGUGUUACCUCUGCCGCGAUCCUUACUUACUUUGUUCUGCGACGUGUAGAACCCUUUCUUAAAGGCCCCGUCCCCGCUCUUUUCUCUCCAAUCAAAGUUUAUUAAUCUGUGAGAAAGGCUGUGCUUAAGUGGACUGCGAUAUUUAGCUUCUGCUAGGUCCGCAUCCAGGUGAUGCCAUUAAUUCUCAACACAACUAGCUAUUUCGUUGGAAAUAUCCCGUCUGUCGUACCGUUCACACACCCCUGUCGGCCGUAUCGCCGUCCGCCAUGCAACCUCGCACCGAAAAUGAAUUAGGCACACGUGUUGUACAGAGCUGUUGACCAACUUUAAUUAAUUAGCUUUUUGUAACUGCUUUUAGUCUUUUUCCGGAAAAGCAGAAAUACAAUGCAUAGAUCCUUUAAGAAGCGUGUGUGUGGACACAUUCUACUAAUAAGACAUGCUCAAUGACUCCCAAUGUGUCCUGGCUGCGUGUUUGGAGGUUGACUACGUUUACAUGCAGUCAAAGAUAAAAUGGCAAAAUUGCCCAUCCCCGUAGCAUCUCUGAAUUUAAUGAGUUGUAGUACUUUAACUUUUUACACUUAAUAAAGCCAUACUAGCUGAUUUCUUCGAAUACACAUUUGAUACUCUUAUUUUAACAUGCUUCUCGCGCCUGGUCGGCCUGGUGAAGUCAACUUACAAUGGAGCUAGUCCGCCGUCUGUAUUGUUUGUGGCUCUUUUGCACCGAUUGGGGGACAUAAUGUCAGUUUCCUCCUCGGACAGAUGAGCCUUUCCACACCUGCAUGUAAACGUAGUCCUAUACAGUUUAAACCCCUUUUACCUUAAGUUAAUGCAAAGGAGUUUUUAUUAUGACCAUACUCAAGUAGGGGUGCACCGAUCGGAUAUCGGCCGCGAUACUGACAAAAUAGCUGGAUCGGGGAUCGGAAAAAUGAACCAAUCCACGUUUUCGUUUUUUCUCCUGACCUACGUCAUUCGUCAGCUUCACGUGCGUCGCGCAUGCUAAAAGCUACAUGGAGCGAGCCAGAGAGUCGGCUGUGUGGAGAUAUUUUACGCUUGCCACGUCAACUAGUUAGUCAGCUGCAAUGUCUGCAAACUAAAGGUUCCGAGGGGAGGUGGUAUCACUGCAAGGUACAAUACUACCAAUUUAAUCAAGCACAACAUCAUGCUAAGGAGCACACUGAAUUGCACCUGCAGCUCAGCAAAAAAAAGGAGCGGACAAUACAGCCCAGCAAACUUUGAAGGAUGCAUUUCAAAGACGCGAAAAGUUUCCGAAGGAAAGCUUUAAAGCUCCGGCGAUUACACAGAAAGUUGUCGAAUUCAUUGUUUUAGAUGCUCAACCAAUGUCAGUUGUUGAAGAUGAGGGCUUCCGUCGCCUACUGGAACACUUAGAGCCGAGGUACUUAGAGCUCUCUUCCAUCACGCAAGUAUUUUUCCGAGACCGCACUGCCAGAACUGUACAUAGAAGUUUGCGAACACGUCUCGAAAGGGAUUAAAGAUAUAAAGGCUAUGAGCUUUACUACAGAUAUAUGGAGCUCUGCUGUGUCCAAUGUCGCUUUUGGGUUUAACGGUACACUGGUUGGACUCGAGCUGUACACCACAUGGUGCAAUGCUUCAAGCUAAAAACUUUCAUGGUUCACACACCAGCGAUACCAUUUCGGCUGCAAUUAAGGAUAUACUUGACCAGUGGUACAUUCCUUUGAAUAAAGUGCAUGUCAUACUCAGUACUCGGUCUGUGACAGAAGGUAUACAGUUUAUUAUUAAUUCAACAAUAGUAUCGGAUCGGUAUCGGGUAUCGACAGAUCCACAAAGCCCAGGGAUCGGAAUCGGGACUGAAAAAGUCGGAUUGGUGCACCCCUAUAGUCCAGUUGCAUUAUUUGUCAGCAAGAGGAAAACUACGUGUUAAAUCUCUGGCAAAGGGCUCAGUUGAACAUUCAUGUGGUCAAUUUUAUAGUCAUAACCACUAUAAACUAGAGAUUACACGUAACAAAUGUGUUCAUUCAAUGGAUGAUAACGCAUACAUAUUUCGCCCCAAAACAUCAGUGUGACCAACUAUUUUUGAAAAUCAAGACCUUUUAUGCAUCCAGGAUUUUUACAGCGCAUGAUAUCAGGUUAUCAUGAGCCAGGUAACACAGUAUGAAUAUGUGAAAGGAACGCUGUGACAAAACAUUUGUUGUGCUGGACCUCUGAGAAGACCAGAAAUCCAGUUUGUCCUAGAGAGAAACUGCAUCGAUGAGGCUCGUACCACAGUGGGAUCACUCUGCUGCAUCUUUUUUUUUCUUUUUUGACCAACACAUCAUGACCUUUCACAUCCUCCCUUUUGUGAAUUCCAUUUUUCGUCAUUCUAGAGAUUUUUUAUUGGUUUGACAACUUUAUUCGGUUUUACACUGACUUCUAAUAGCGAGUGAUGUGGCCGGAUGGAUAAACCCACAUGGCUGUGGUAGAAGUCCUCUCGCUAAUGGACGAGCUUUCCGGUGUUGCUCGCAUACUGCCGGGCGACUCCGUGCUUUUAUCUUCCUCACAUCAAGCUUCGGACUCAGACCCCACUGGGUCGUACCAUUAAUUAGGGUGCAUUCAACAGGACCCCGUUGACCCACACUCUUUUCUGCUUUUCAGGAGACAUGUGUGCUUUAGUUGCAUAGAAGUCAUGUGUGGCCAAACACUGAACUUUACAGAAUUUCUUACCUAUUUAGAUCUGUGCCUUGAAAGCAGCAAACACCAAAGGCAUAAUUGGUCAAUAGUCAUUAGAAUCACUAAAUCUGUUUUGACCUUUGGUGGCAGGAUACCCCUUUGGUUGACAUUUGGGUCACAGGUGAUAACCGAACUCUGAGGCCUGCAGGUUAAAGUAAAGUCAGAGUUAUUGACCUGUGCACUUGAAAUGCACAUUUUUACUACGCUGCCCCAUGCGGUCGGUUCACUGGAAUCAUGUGAGAUCUUCUGAGACUUUUUGACCCCACUUUGGAGUCAAAUGGACACUGGUUUGCAUCUGCAAACUAUUCUCAGAGUUGUGUGGUAGAAGAUGGGAUUGGCCCUAAAAGUGAGUGUAAGUAUUCUUGUAUUAAUUUCAACUCAGUAGAUUUAGCCCAUUUCAUUUAACUUUUAAACAAUCGUUUCACUUGACUGCUUUUUGCUGUUUUAUUUCAUGGAGACUGAAGAUGAAGCCAGAGAAAUAGUAGUGGAACGGACAUUCCCAGUCAAAUCCACGUAGCAGUGUAGUGGCUACUUUUAUACCAAUUAAGUGGUCGAACUUUGAAAUAAAUUCCUCCACAAUUUCAAGCUAUUCGUGGCCGGUGGCUGGCAGCAGCGUGGGGCCUGAGCCACGGGCCGUAACAAAAGGGCACUAAUGACGUGUGUUGUCGCCAUGACAAACAGCACUUUUUGCACUGCAAAGCAGUUGAAUGUCCGUUCUACUCCUAUUUUAUUUCUGUGGUUGGCACACAUUUUAAUUCUUUCCCUGGCAUUAGCUCCAUGGACAGUCUGUGGGCUGGUGUGUAUUUAUAUGUAGUUGGAAAAAAGGUGUCCUUGCAGCAGCACCACUUAUGAUACGGUUUGUAGCAUGCUUAACUUUCUUAGGUGAGUUUAAAAAAAAAAGCGGCGCCACUUGUUUAUUGCUCUUUGGCUAUAUUUUCUCAAACACGUUAGGCUAGACAUCAAGAAACUUAACGUUCCUAAUGUGCAGAGUGAUAAUGUACCUGCACAAUAACAAAAUAUGUAAUGCUAAAUUAUUUUGGCUCCUUUUUUUAAAGUUAUGAACUAAAAGCGUUUAAAUACAUAUCAUCUUUGCUUCCUCCCCACCGUGUUAACCCCAGAAGCCGCAAUUCAAUGAUCACUAAGUGGACAUUGUGGAAAUACAAUAUAUAUAGAAAUGUGCAUAGAUGCAAAACACAUUGAUCAGUGAAGAUGGUUACAAACAUUAAACAGUCCUAACGUUGCUUGUGACUUUCAACCUCCAUUUUGGCCUGAACUUCAAAGUGAAGCAACAGUUCCCAUUUGUUAUUCAAUGCUGAAAAGCUGGUGUUCAGGGGGCUUUAACGUUCCUGAGAAUAUUUAUCAUCCCACAUACAUUUCAAACAAUUCACAGUAUCCUUUUAGCAAACCUGUCCGGGUGCAAUAGUAACAAUGCAAAAUGUUACAUUGUGUCAAUCCUUUGUCUUUGAGUAUUGCUACAAAUUUAUGCCCUUUUUUUUCUCUCCAUCAAAUGAAACUCAUAAAUGCUUUUCAGGGCAGCCGGGCUUCCAUUUCUCCCAUAGAACAAUAAUACGCUACACUAUUUGAAAUACAUUUUGUCCAUGGCGUUUUUGCUUUGUUGUAAAACAUAUCCACCUCCAUGUGGCAGCCGAGAACCCUGACAAACACCUGCAAUGGCCACGAAAAAGGACUCCACGUACUGGUAAUAGAAUUGGAUGUCAUGGCGUGUUCAUCUGUAAUAAUACGUGUGUUUGUUAUGUACAUUGUUUUCUUUAACAGGUUUGACCAGCUUUAAGGAUUGUGGACUGUGGAGCAAUUUGGCUGUUUAGCGUGGACUCAGGAAUGAUGGUGAUUUAAGCUUAGUGGCAAUCCUCAUGAAAAAUGUUCUAACCCUGUAGAUAAAAUUUAAUAUGAACCAUUUUUUGAGACAAGAACGUAACUAAACUGCAACUCAAUGGAUUCUCAGCUUUUCCAGUUGGUUAUGUGUUGGAUACUCUCCAUUGUGAAAGGGACCUAAUUGUCCAUGAGCAAUGUAGCCUCAGCUAAAUGUCCUUCUGCCAACUUACUUUUGCUUACCAAGGUAUUUACUUUUCUUAAGCGGUUGGCAACAGUGAAUGCCUACAUCUGCUUCCGAUAUUUAUGGCUCCAUGCUGUAGUUGCAUUAUUCUGUAGUGGCAGUGAAAGGACCCGUUGGUGCUACAGCACUGCUUUGGUCUGAGUUGGCUAAAUCAGUUAUGCAGAUCUUUUUUGUUUGCCAAUUCUAGAUUUUCGGCCUAUCAAGCCAAAUUUGACGGAUUCUUACUCAAUACUGAUUUUACUGAAUUGAGGCUGCACAUUUAUCCGUUAACUAUUAGCUUCAUUAAUCAUCUGCUAAAUGCUCUUCAAACAUUUGUUGUUCCAAUGAAGCCUUUUCAGGGACAUCUUCUGCUGUCCACGGGACCCCAUUGGUCUUGAGCCCUGACCUUUGUUCCUGCGGUGCCGUAGAAAUAAGAGUACGUCACGUUUACACAAUUUAGCCGUCAACUAGCGACCAACUUGUCGCUUCUCUUUGCAUCCAUUUUCUGCAACCAGUUUACAACGGCUGAACAAAUACUGAUUUUUUUGGUCCUAAGCAAGCUUUUUUAAUUUUUUUAUUUAGCGUACCAAGUUCAGGAGUGAGUUGUUCCAGGUUGGAUUUUUUUGAUCGCUAGAUUUAUUUUCUAGAUGACCAAUUUUCUAUAUCAAAUCAUAAAAUUAACCGGAAUCCUAAAUAGAUAAAAUUAAAGAUUUAAAGACCGAUUUGCGAGGCUUAUGCUCUUAGUGCUUUAUUCCUUGUAGACUUUUCUCACUAUAUGAAGAUUUACAAAGGAGAGAAACUCGACGACAAAGCUCAUUUAGUGAUUUUUUUUUUUGUAGACGUUUUAACUUUAUUUCCUGAUUGAAAUGUUACCUUUGGAAUUGUCACUUGGCAUAUGACAAAUUACCAUUGGUAAUGCACUCUGAUAUUAAGGGGUAAGAAAUUGAAUGUUUUAAUACUCAUCUUAAAUCCGCCCUGUGCUUUUGUGUGCAGUAUGGAGUUCUUUGCUCGUCCAACGGAUGUUCUUCUCUGAACAUUGUGCAAAAUAGUGCCUUUGCUCAUCGACGUGACCGACGUUUAAAACUUGUACUGUUAUGUCUGUUGUGUACAAUUUGUUUUUCUUUAACAGGUUUGGCCCUCUUUAAAGGUGUUGGACUAAGAAGGAACGUUCCAAACCAAGAAAUUCAAAGUCUGUAGCUUCUUCGCCUAUAUUAAUGAAACUCACUCACUGUGGACCAAAAGGCAUUUCUCCUUUUUACAAUCCUUGGAUGACAGGAGGUGGCUCUGUAGAUUAUAUCUAUGUAUCUCGUGAAGUUGCCAUUUUGUCUUGCGCAGGACUGGGGUUCCUUCUAAGAUGGAAAUCAAACCUUACACAUUGACAUUUUUGCAAGUCUGCAAGUACUUUUUAACACAACUACAGUUUCUACAUUACAUUUCCCCAAUGGCCAUCAGUUACAUUUUAAACAAUGUCUUCCUUCAGGAUAUUGCCAAGGCAUUUUCAACUUUCUUGUUUAAGUGAAGAAGGUAACUUAAGAUUUGACAAAGGUUAUGUAAAAACCUGUUAUGAGUAAUGUGGUAGCUCACUUCAAAUGAUUCAGCAGUUUUUUUUAAAGAGGUUCAAGACAGUGAUUUCCCUUAUUGCCGAUACAUUUUGAUGUUAUUGGAGUUAAACUGGCAACCCAAUCCUUGUCAGAAACAAACACGGUAACUAGAUAAGAAGUUUGAAACCAGGUUACAGCACAUUUCAUGGCAUUGUGCGUAAACGUUGUUUAAGACGUUUUAUUUACCUUUCUUGGAGGCGAAUUGAACAGCAGUCAAACACGUGCAAGAAUACACAUUAAAUCUGUUAGAUGUCCAGAACAGUGAUGUCACUUUUCUAACCAACACACUGAAGGCAUCACUGGGUUACAUCAAAGCUUUGACAUGACAUUUGACACACGAGAACUUCAUUGUUAAGUCAGUUUGGGUCUGCGUUGUUCCCUAUUGUUGACCUGGUGUCAGAGGUCAUAACUAACACCAAAAUGUUAAUGGCAUCAUGCCUAAAGAAAAGACUCUCCAUCCUCACCCAUGAAAGCUUCAGUAGUAGACCGGACGGACCUCCCAUUCCUCAGGCGGGGAGUCCCAUGUGCCCUGACCAGUGGCAGAGAGGAUGGCGUGCCGUGCCCGUGUGUGUGUGUGUGUCUGUGUUUCAUGUCCUUUGGGUAAAUGAGAGGGUGCGUUAGCUGCUGUCAGCCAGCUUGUCAAAGACGAGCUGCCCCAGUCCACUAUAGAGGCUCUUCUCUGCAGUUGGGUUACAUUGGCGAUGGGUAGUUCUGCAGAAGUCAGUGGACAGUAAAGCCCGGACUUGUUUGCACUGCAGCCAGAGAGGUAUGCUUACACAGAGCCGCAGAAACGAGCAAGGUAAGUGUCCAUCCAUGUUUUAUUAUACAAGAUGCACAGUUGUUCUCCCAUGACUUAACGCUUCUGUCCUCUCGCACCGCGCCACUGCUCUGUAGUGACGCUCCACAGGGCUUCUGGCAUCACACUUGCAAUGAAUGGCAUCACAGUGCAGAAUCCAGUCCUUCAAACCUCUGUGUGCGGAACAUGGUGACGCGUCGUAGCCUGUGCAGUGUGUGUGUGUGUGUGUGUGUGUGUGUGUGUGGUUUUAGUAAUUUGGUUUCGGCUGAGUCACUGAUCCAACGCUGCAGUUUGAGUAGUGUGGUUGGAUGCAGUGCUGCUGUCCUUUUGUGAACACUAGAGCAAAAAAUACAAUUACCUCAAUGACAUGAUGCUGAGCUUUGGUACAAGCAGGUGGUGUGCAACUAUAACCGGAAAGUAAAAAACAAAAACUCAUGGAUGGCAUUUUCCACUCAAACGCGGUGACAUUUUUUUCUUUUAUACUUUUGUGUUUAUGCCUCUAAAUAGCUUUAAUACUCUUUGUGCUGUUUGGGGGGGAAAACCUUUUAAUACCGCUUUGUUAUCAUUUUAACUACAUCAAGUAGCUUAUCUUUUAAAAACAGUACUUCAUGCUGAUCUUUGUUCCUCAUUCAUUUAAUGUUAAAGGGCAGUAGUCCUAAUGUGGCUCUUUCAACUAUAGUCAAAUCAAAUCUUUAAAGUGGUAAAAGUUUUCACUUGUGCAUCAGCCCUGGUGACGGCUCCAUCUGUGGUCUCACUCUGUGAAAACUAAACAUGACUUUGUUGUGGUUCUGGGUCGGGCCGUCUUUGCAGCUUAAGGGUCACCUUGCUCUGGUUGGUCUGGGGGCGAUUGAAGAAAACGUGAGUCCCAUGUCUGACAUUCUGUUUUUGUAUUCCUCUGCCGUUUGCUUGGAUCACAGCCUUUGCAACUUAGUUUGUAUUUUAUUAAUUCUUCUGAGAAUCCCCUAAAGUCCCAUGUAUUAAAAGGAACACUUUCUGAACAACUAAUAUUACUACACUUUGAAUUCCUACACUAGCAAAUUAUUUCCAAGUAUUAUCUGAAAAUGUGAGUUUUUUUCUUGCAUUUAAAAUAUAUAUUUAGAUUUAGUACAUCUUGAGCUUUCAAAGGGUACCUUUUUCAAUAUCCAUUAAACGUUUGCCUCCAUAAAUGCAUUUAGUCGAUCUUUCUGCUUGAAACUAACUUGAAAAUGUUCAAGUCAUGAUUAAAGAGUUUCUUCACUUGUGUAAACUUGCACUCUUUACGCAGUCAGGAACAAGGAGUCUGCGUGACCGGUCUUUUCUUUCUAAAUAUUUAGCUUUUUCUGUCAGGAAAACUGUAGGAUGGGCAUGUUACAGGGCGAAAAGGGCCAGAUGCUGAUCCCAACAUAGACAUUACAUGCCAUUUUGCUGACUUUUUUUUUUUUUUUUUUUUCAAAGAAACUUACAAUAAGACUUUUCCAAAGACCGCAGAGACCAGAUCCACUGCUUCUUUUCUUUCUUUUCACAAUAAAAGGCCUUCACGUGGACUGCGCACUGUAACUGUUUAACAGAUGCAACGGCAUAAAACGUCUCACUGUGGUUCAGGGUAUACAGCAGCUAUGCUUAGCCUGGGUCAUUGGGAUGGUGGUAGUUCCUGUGCAACUCUAUUUCAAUCUAUAUUUAAAAAGUUGGCAGCGCUCCUUGUAUGAAGUUUGUGUUUGGCAGUGGAGUAAUUUCCACCUGUGUAGCUUAUCCAUCACAAUUUUAACGCUCCUUCUAGAGUACUGUGAUGUUUCCUUUUUGCGUAAAGCACCACAAUGAAAAUAUAAACUACAGACUUUGUAAACUCUCGCUCUACAUCCUGUGCUUGGUAGGAAACGGCAGGAUUGUAUUGACCUUCUCAGGUGCUGGUUGCUCCAGAUCCUUGGGAAAGGAAGGUGGAGGUGACGCGUGUAGUUCUCGUGUGCCGGACUCGACCGCUCUCCUUUCCUCUCUCCUCUCAGUACCUCUCGCUGCUCCAUAUUUAGUCUUUCUGUUUGAACCUGAAUGGCCAGUCAUGGUGAAAGCACAUCACCACUGUGGCUCUUUCCUCUGCUUCACCUCGUGCGUGGACAUGACCUUGCAGCCGCGAGCCACCGUGACGGUUCUCCUCUAUGCAGAGGGAACCAGGCGUAUCUAGAAGCAUCCGUCUGCACUGUGAUCCAUUCUCUAUUUCCAUGGUCCCGAUUAACCACAGGGAUAUUCUCUUAUGUCCCGCCUCUUGAGUGUGAUGCCAGAACAACCCUUUCGGCCUCUAGAUGGCCUCGUCUAAAAAAGGGCAAUGCCUAAAGGUCUGCACGACUUCCACGGGAAAUGACCAGGUCCGCUUCUCCACGAGCUUCGUGGUGCCGCUCCGAGCUCUGUGUGGGCACUUCAUUUUUUGCAGCAACACCCUUGAUGUGUCGAUACAAAGUCCAGCUUCACAUGGCUUUGUAACAGAAUUACCGUCCCCGAGGUUUGCAAAUGAUCCGAACAUUGUCACGAGUUUGUCCCGUCUCAAACAGCCUACUCACCGGAUGCCGAGACGCCUCCAAAAACCAGCAUCUUCAACACGACACCAUAAAACAUGUUUGUACUUCUCACAUUUACAUUGUAAUGCAUGUUGGCAUAACACCAUGACCUAGAUUUCCUGCUAACACAUGUUUCUUUUUUAUUUUAAUACUCAGUCACUACACGCGCACACACAAUCUCUCUCACACACCCAAACACGCCUUGCUCUCUUAAAAUAGUAAAUACAACAAACCGAACAGUACCGGUAGAAACCUGCUGACCAGUUCUCUGCCCGACUCUCAUUGAUUGUCUCUCGCCACAGGAGCCUCGGGCUGCCGAAGGAGGCUGAGAACCGUCUGCGCUGAACCGGGUGAAAUGAAAGCGAUUAAAAAUGCCAGAGCUGCAGGAGACUCUUCAACUGCACUGCCGUGUUGCCACGAAUGACCUCCAUAGCUGCAGGUUGUGGAAAUGACUCGGUACCAGGAGGCGUCCAGCAGGAGGACGAGCAGCUCGCGGUCCAGAGGAGCGAUGCGCUGUUCUGUUUUGAGGAAUAAUAAAUUAUAUAUUGAACUGA